CGUUUUCCUUGCAUAAUUUAUUGACGCAUGCGCCACACAUUGCAAUCAGCUGUCAGAAAGAACAUAAUCACGUAAAAAACAAAAUUAUUUGUGUCUUUAGAUAAUUCCCGUCAAUAUGGCGGGGCAAAAUCCAGGUUCGCCGACUGACUUUCAAUAUUUUUACGAGGAUGAAGUGUAUAAAAUCAACAAUCGCGGUCAAGUGGUCUUCGGUCUGGUACUCGAGAACUAUGAAGCCAACUCCAGCGAUCAAGAGAGCGACAUUGAAACACCUAUACAAAAAGGCGAAAUUCGUGUUGUCUGGCAUCCUUCCGGCACCGAGCGAGUCAUAUCCGAGAAGUCGGUUGGCUUAGCAGAUCGCUCAUUGAUGCCCGGAGAUGUAGUCCGCCGUCUCAUCGCUGGCAAGGACACGCAGAGAGGCUACUGCAGAGACAUCAUCAUGAACGCAGCCCUUCAGAUUGUAGGCACCAAGCAUGUCAUACCCAGUGUUGCUAGUGAAAGGCUCCAGCCUUUAGAAGAAUUCACGCCUGAUUUGGCUGUAUGUCUCGAUUCCUGGGUUGGGACUUCUAAGGCGGUACACAGCAAACUCCGCUUAGUAUCAGCCGAGGGGUCCCGCCUCGAAUACCCCGACCUCGACACGUGUCCUCUGGAAGACUACUCGAUGCGUCGCCGCCGGUCCACUCCCUACUCCUCGUCAGAGUUCUACCCGGGACAGGUGGUGUACGGCCCGCUGGGCUCGCUCGACUCCGCCAACUGGCUCCACAUCACCAAGGAAAUGAAGGCCGCUAGGAAACAUAAGAUGCAUGAUCAUAAGUUCACCGUGGAGGCGGUGAUGACGGAGAGCGUGAGCGUGCACUGGCAGUGCCGCGCGCUGUGCACGCACCCCACCGACCCCUCCACGCCGCAGCAGCCCAAGUUCCUAGUCGAAGGUGAAGAUCUGAAGAAUUUGAAGUUGUUGAACGUAUUCGAGCCGUGCACUCUGCAAGUCGGUGACAGGAACUUCCUCACUAUUGGCCCAGAAGAUAGCUUUGUAAGCAAGAAGCAAUGGAGGAAACAACAAAGUAAAUGCUACAGGAAUCUCCGUAAACAGACUAAGCCUACAAAGAAGCCGUCUAAAACCGAGACGAACUCGUCCGACCACGUGCCCUCGCGGCCCAAGAAGCGCGCCUCCGCACACCGCAAGCUUAAGUCUAACGAGAACGACAUGGACGUUGACGCUGGAGACGACAAACUGGAAUCUCUCGACGACGCUCUGAAGAUGGACUCGAACUGCCCCAGCAUCAAGAUAGAGCCCAUCGGGGACGUCUCCCUGCCCAUGGCCAGCAGUCAGGAGGAUACUGCCACUGAGGAGAAGAAUGAUUCCGGAAUCAGAUCGCACGUCCGCAGUCCUGAGCCGACGCGCGAAGACUCCUCGCUGCUGAAUGGUGAUAGCAAGUCUGAUACCGCGCUCAACGACGAUGAUUCCGAUAACUGGGAGAACACCAGCAGCGAUGGCAGUGAUACUGACAGCGGUGCAACAUGGUCAUCCCGUUGCUCCUCAGCGGCAUCAGCCCGCGGCAAGAGAUCUCCUCAACUAGCAGUACGACUGUUACGCGGCAAGCGACUCAAGCGCACCGUGCGCAGGGCCCCGCCCGCGCCGCCGCCGCGCCUCGGCGACCGCGUGGUGGUCGAGACGCUGCACACCACCAGCCGCGCUAACGUCGUGUGGCAGGAUGGUACAAUAGAAAUGGGCAUUCCGUCCACACAGCUGUAUCCGAUCCAUCACUUAGACGGGCAGGAGUGCUUCCCCGGCGACUUCGUGGUCAGCGGGGCGGCUAACGUCGAAGAGAAUCAACAGCUGAAGCACAGAGAGUACGGCGUGGUACAGCGCGUGGAUCACCACGGCAGGACGGCCAUCGUGCACUGGUACCGCACAUAUACCAGUGCCGACGAGCCAGUUCCACAAAUGCUGCACGAGAGCGAGGUGAGCGUGUACGACCUGAAGGACCACCCUGACUUCCAGUACCGGCCCGGUACCGUCGUCAUUAGGGUCGCCAACUUCACCGGGGAAGAUGCCAAUUGUACUGCUGGACAGGUGAUUGACAACUUCCCGUCUGGUCGCGUCAAGGUGUGGUGGGUGGACGGGCACACGAGCAUGUGCUGGCCGCAAGAUCUCUACAAGGUGGGCGAGUACGACAGCGAGGAGGGCGAGCUGUGGGGCUCGGAGGGCUCGGGCUCGGAGGACUCGUGGGAGACGCAGAGCUCCGCGCACGAGCCCGAGCCCGAGCGCCCGCCCACGCCGCCCGACCAGCCGCCGCCUGCAUUAGCAGCGCCAGCUGUAGCGAGCCAAGAGGUACAACUACUAUCUCUGUUAAGGUGGCUUCGCAACCCCUCCGACCCCCGCCCCGCGCCGCAGCUGUCGCGUCCGCCCCUCGCCGCGCUCAUGCACAGGCUCUUCCGCGCCGACGUCGCGCUGCUCCACGCCUUCUGCGCGGACCCCGAGCUGCACUCGCCAGAGAUAAUGCGCAAGCUGUUAAACUUGUACAAAGAUUGCCGGUUCUUAGACAGACUAAUGGGAACGUCCUUCUUCCAUGAGGAUCACUUUUUGGGUCUUCUAGAACGCGUAAGAGAACGCGGCGCGAUCACCCCUCGCGCCGGGGAGCGUCGCGUUCACGAACAGCUGCAACGUCUGUUCGCGCCCAGCGACCCCCCCUCCACGCCCGCCGCUCCCCCCUCGCCGGACCCCAUGAUGGUGGACGAUGAGCUGGAGAAGGCUGCUGAUGGCACCCGGCCCAUCAUCACGGCGAAUGUCACUGUGGAGCCCAUGCAGGUGGAGUGUAGUAUGUCAAAGAAGCAACUGCAUCUGAACAUAGAAGCUGCUCAGGCGACCAGUUCCGACUCAGUUGUGCCACAAGAUAAUGCUGUUAGUGAAAAUCCGUCUACAGAAUCAGCAGAAGGCGAGCCCGGGCCCGGCAAGAAUGUGUGCUACAAGCUGUGCUCGCUCAUACACGCGCAGCUCAUCAAAGCUCACACGGAAGUCAGUCGGAGAAGGCCGCAAGAGUUGGCCGAUUUCCUUAACAGCUUAAUGAAAAAACAAAACACAAACGGCUCUGAGGAGAACUUAGUCUACCACUUUUCAGUUCAAUAUGGAGCGCUGGUGGUGAGCUUGGCGGAGGAAGAUAAGGCGGAGUCCAAGACAGCUGAUGUGAAAGACGCAACUACCGCCACGGCGCAAAAACUUGAAGGCGCUGCAAGCAGUACCGACACAGCUCCCCUCGCCACGGCAGAAGGGUCUGAUGAAGCAGAGAUGGACACGGCCAGCCCCGCAGCCGUCCCCGAAGACAACAAGGAGGGAGGCGAGGGCUUCUGCAUACUGGAGUCAGCCCCCGCCGCGCACCGGUUCCGCCUGUCCAUGCUGCAGCCGUCCGAGCCCCGGACCUUCUACUCGGCUGUGAAGAGGGAGAUCAAGUUGCUCAAGAGUGAUCUGCCACCAGGGGUAUGGGUCCGCGGCUACGAGGACCGCAUCGACCUGCUGUCAGUGAUGAUCGCCGGGCCCAGCAAGACGCCGUACGAGGGCGGACUGUUCGUGUUCGACGUGCAGCUCGGCGGCGAGUACCCGCGGGCGCCGCCGCUCUGCCACUAUCACUCCUACUGCACUGAUCGGCUCAACCCUAACCUGUAUGAGGACGGCAAGGUGUGCGUAUCCCUGCUGGGCACAUGGUCUGGCCGCGGCGUGGAGGUGUGGGGCAAGGACAGCUCGCUGCUGCAGGUCAUCGUGUCGCUGCAGGGCCUCAUCCUCAACGCGGAGCCCUACUUCAACGAGGCCGGAUAUGAGAAGCAGAAGGGUACUCAACAAGGCAAGGAGAACUCCCGCAUGUAUAACGAGAUGGUGCUGUUGAAACUAGUGCAGUCGAUGACCAAGAUGCUGAUGAACCCCCCGGAGCCGUUCCGCGAGGAGAUCCUCACGCACCUCCGGGCCACUGGGGGCGCGCUGUGCUCGCGGCUGGAGGGGCUGGUGCGGCUGUCGGGCGAGGGGGGCGCGGAGGCCGAGGGCGCGGCGCCCGAGUUCCCGCUGCUGCCGGCGUCGCGCGGCUUCUGCCUCACGCUGCGCAGCUCGCUGCAGCAGUUCCGCGCGGCGCUGCGGCGCCACGACAUCGCGGUGCCGCCCUGCACCUUAUAGCCGCCCACCCCGCCUCCCACCGCCACCGGCACGUAACGUCUAAUGAUAAUCAAAUUCUAAAUGAAAUGUUCGAUCUUAUGCGAAUACGAUUCUUAGAUUUAUUAAUGCAUAGUUAAUAUUAUUUAUUUGUUACAAAGUAAUGUCUACUUUAAUUCAACAUUCGACGUUAUAAUGUUUAGAUUAUGAGUACUUAUUGAAAUUGCAUACUUUUUACGAGGCGAAGCUUAUUACUGUCGUUCGAAUAUUUGCUACACUAAUAUUAUGAUAUGAAAUAAAGACAGGUAAUGUUAGAUGUAACGUCUAGAACGUUUAGUUCCUGAUUCCAAUAUUAUUUAUAUUUACGAUUGAAGCUCCUACUUAUCAAUAUUAGGGAAUGGUGUGCGAGUAUAACGAGUAUCUCAUCAAUGUCUAUUUUAUGUAUGUGUAAUGUUGUGUGUAAAAAUGCAUUCACUCAUUUUUAUGUAAUUAUAGUUUUGUUUUUAUUUUAUUUUGUUUUAUAUUGCGGGAAACAUUAAUUUGUAUGGUAAUAAUGAUGUAGUAAGACCGUCGUGGUUAAAUUGGCGCAGUACCAACAGACAGUACAUACCACUUAGCAUAGUCGACUCACCACUGCACUAUGUUGUCGAUACCUAAAUAAUUGUUGUUUUCUCUUGUUACCAAUCUAUGAAAUUAUUGAAAAUAAUUUACACGCUUAGGUUUAGUGCAUGUAGAUGUUUGAAUUUCAUUUCUUCACCAAAUAAGAGCGUCACAAAGUAAAGUCUUACUAACAGUGAUAUCUACAUUAUUAGUAUUAAUUUUACAUUUCCCGAAAAUUAAUAUUAACAAGGAAAUCGAAAGUGCUAUCCAGUGAAAAGCGCUUAAUUAGUGGUAUUUUGGAACUUAGUUUUCAUUUUCUAUCCAAUCUUGUUUUAGAAAGAAAUUCUUCCUCGUUAGUGCUUAUAGUAUUAUACCAUACGGCCACGCCGCGCCGGCGGCUGCACAAAUACUAUGUAACUUCAUGCCAAAGUCAAUUGAGCUAUGGAAGGCUUUUGUCGCUUGUGUACGCGAGAUAAGUGACAACUAUGUAUAAUUAUAAAAAAAUAAAUAAUUCUUCAACAUUA